AUGGUCAACAAUACAAGAAUGAUUCCUCAGAUUGCCAAUGUGCCAAUAGAGGUGAUUCGAAUUAUUUGUUCUUUCAUGAGCAAUUUGGAGAACAUGUUUGUGAGUGGAAAUGUUUCAUUGACAUGGAGAAGAGAAAUUGCCUUUCCAAUUUUACUAGAUAAUUUAAAGAGAAUUCAUUCCGAUCCUAUUGAUGAUGAGAUCACUGAUUACAAUUAUUUCAAAACGGUGAAAAUUGGAAGAAAUUUUAUUAGAAUGGAAUUGAGAAGAUUUCUUUAUGAAUUUUCAUUGAAAUUAUAUGAUUUUCAAAAUUUAAAUCAGAAUUCUAAACCUCCUCUUGCUUCUAUCGAUUGUAAUGAGUACUUGUUGGAAGAAUUUGAACAAAUUCAAUUUUAUUUUUCACAUUUUUCAAUUCCAAAGUUAAAUUUGAUCGAAAAGAAGACUGAAAAGACUGGACUCUUUAAAAUGAUUUCGAGUUUAUUCUCAAAACAACCAAAAAAACAGGAAAAGACGAAUGACGAACCAAUCAUUGUUGAUAUUAACAAGAAUAGGGUUGUGGAGAAAGAACCAGUGACUGAAAUUGUUUGUAAAAUAGCUCUCGAUGGCUAUCGUGCAACUGGAAGGACAUCGUUUCUGAAUGCUUCGUUAAGAGAUGACGCUAUUGUGAAUAAGGACUAUUAUCCUUCAAUUGGAAUUGAUUUUGCUGCGAGAAUCUUUUCAUUUCCAGAAGUGUUGACCAACAUAUACAAAGUUCAAGUAUGGGAUUCCCCUUAUUCCCAACUACAACCUGCAUAUGUGAAUAAUACUACAAUGAUUAUGGAAGUUUUUGAUUUGACAAAAAGAGAAACAUUAGUCCAUUUAAUUAAUGAAAAUAUUCCACAAAUCAAACGAUUAAGGCAAACUCCCCUCGAACUUGUAUUUAUUGGAACAAAACAAGAUGUCAUUCAGGAGAAUCCUCAAACCAGAAACAUUCCACCCAAAGACAUUCAAACAUGUUGUCUCAAUAAUUUUGGAGGAGCCCUCUGUGUUGAACUUUCUCUAACAGAACUCAAACAAGCUCAAUCAUUAAUAUGGUACAGUGUUCUUCUUCAAGAUAUUUGCUAUCCAAAAAAUCUCAAAGAAUGA